AGUAUGCGUUUAUUGUGGGACAAAUUGUAAGGGCUUACUGGACCGAAACAAGCAAAUGUCCCACACACACAAAACGUAUUAGCAAAUAUGUGAAUAUACACAUAGUACAAUCCGCCCAAGAAGGAACUUUGUCUUAUUUAAAGAUACUGAUCAGAAGGACUUGCAAUUAAAAAAUGGAAGAAUAUGGGACGCCUGACUCCACAGAAAACAAAUCUGAUGGCGAAUACAAACCAGAUAAAAGUGCGGACAGAAAGAAACGGAAAGACAAGAAAAAUUUCUUCAAGAAGAAAAAGGGGAAGGAGAAAUAUAUUGAAGGGCCAAACCUUGAUGGGACCCCUAACGAUGGUUACCAAGGAGAUGAGAUUGUGAAUACUGAUCUAGACCCUGGCGUGUACACUGUGUAUGAUCCGAAUGGGGGCUACAGGUCGUCCACGCCCUCUAAAACGGGGUCCACGGCAGGAGAUACGCCCCUUCCAAGCAGUCACGGCACAUCAACGCGCGAACUUCUCGAGGCAUCAGACGGCAAGCAGCACUUUGGAGAGGACGAGAACAAGGAAAGAGGCAACUGGACGGGAAAGCUCGACUUCCUUCUCUCCUGCCUCGGGUACGCCGUAGGAUUAGGCAACGUCUGGCGCUUCCCAUACCUCUGCUACAGAAACGGCGGAGGUGCCUUCUUCAUCCCGUAUAUAAUUAUGUUGACAUUCGUGGGCAUUCCUUUAUUCUUUAUGGAGCUAUCUCUGGGGCAGUUCUGCAGUAAUGGGCCUUUGACAUGCUGGGAGUUUGCGCCAAUAUUUCAAGGUCUGGGCGUGGCAAUGAUGGUGGUAUCCGGCCUAGUGGGCAUCUAUUACAACAUGAUCAUCGCGAUGGCCAUCUACUACCUGUUUGGUUCCUUCACCAGUUAUCUGCCGUGGCAGGAUUGUACUAACUGGUGGAACACUGAUCACUGCAGUUUGCUUUUGCCCAAGUUAAAUUGCACGGGCAAUAUGGAAGUGCAACAAGAUAACGGGUCUUGCACCAUAUUGGGGGAGGCAAUAGGCCUGUGGAACGAGUCUCUGUACACCAACAAGACGGGGAAGCGGAGGAUACUCCCAAGCGAAGAAUAUUACAAACACCGGGUUCUCAAAAUGAGUGGUGGAAUCGAAGACAUUGGUCUUCCCCAGUGGGAUCUAGUUCUCUGCCUCUUGCUAGCCUGGGUCAUAGUCUUCUUCUGCCUCAUCCGGGGGAUAAAAUCAUCGGGAAAAGUCGUCUACUUCACCGCGCUUUUUCCUUACUUGGUUCUUGUGAUCUUGUUCUUCCGUGGAGUGACCCUUGACCAUGCCGGCGAUGGGAUCUACUUCUACGUCGUCCCAGAGUGGUCUAGACUUCUUGACGCUAAGGUGUGGAACGAUGCAGCCGUCCAGAUUUUCUUCUCUCUGUCCACUAGUUGGGGUGGUCUCAUCACACUGGCGAGCUACAACAGGUUCCAUAACAACGUACUGAGGGAUUCUUUGAUCGUAACCGUUGGUAACUGCACCACCAGUAUCUUCGCCGGUUUCGUCAUCUUUUCGUACCUGGGAUACAUGGCAAAUAAACUUGGCACAACAGUGGACAAGGUCGUAGACAGCGGGUCUGGCUUGGCGUUUAUCGUGUACCCCGCUGCCGUGACAUAUAUGCCCAUCAGUCCUCUCUGGUCCAUUCUGUUUUUCAUCAUGCUGCUGACUCUGGGGCUGGACAGCCAGUUCGCCCUGAUUGAGACUAUAGUCACGUGCCUCCUUGACAGAUUCCCAGAUCUGCUCCGUCCAAAGAAAUCCAUCGUUAUCCUCAUCAUCAGUAUUGUAUUCUUCCUGUUGGGGUUACCGCUUUGCUGCAACGGCGGCAGCUACUGGCUCCAACUCAUGGACACCUACGCUGGAGGAUGGGGUCUUCUAGUCAUCGGCUUCUGCGAGGCCAUCGCCUUGGGAUGGGUGUAUGGGUCGCCCAGGUUCUUCAGCGACAUCGAGACUAUGACGGGUGUAAGACCGACCAUGUGGUGGAGGGUGUGCUGGCAGGGGAUAAGUCCUUUUCUUAUUUUGGCUAUUCUACUAUUUGCUUGGAUCGACUACUCUCCGGCAAAGUUUGGAGAAUAUCGCUACCCACCGUGGGCGGACGCUAUCGGAUGGAUGAUGACCAGUAUGUCCGUAGUGUGUAUCAUUGGAGUAGCAAUCUAUAGGCUAUACAAGGAAGAAGGACCAAUAUGCGAGCGCUUCCGUGACCUCAGCAUCCCUACAGCGGACUGGGGCCCAGCUCUUGUUCAACAUAGAAAACUUAUCGACUAUGUGGACGGGUUUUAUGAGGACCCCUCGUUAGCCCAUUCUACCCCAUCCAUUGUAUCGGGUCACAGCAAUCCUGCACUGUCCUACAGUACCAAUGGGCUGGAAAAUGGAAGUUAUCCCUACAGGUCGUCCAUGUCGACCGUUGGCCGAAGACCGGGGUCAUCUGUACAUGACAGACGGUACAGAUCUCAUGCUACUCUCGACUCUGAAAACUCAUUAGGACAGAAAUCGGUGGAAUCAGCCGUUUGAACAAACGGUAGAAUUUUCUUGGUUACCGUAACUCGAGAUUCGAGCGCCGUUAUCAUAUUCAAGAGGUCCAUAGAGAAGCAACUCACCCUAACUCAUUCGAAUUCUGAGCCUGGGCUUGAUGGUUGCGCAGCCGUCGGUAUUGCACGUAUAUAAAAUGAACAAAAUCCUUUGGCGUCUGUGCAGCCUGUUACAGUCAGUUUGCAGAAUGUGUGAGGAAGGAAAACCUGCUCGACCUGGAUCCGAUCACUCUCACUUUCAGAGUUUUGCUUAGUCUUCCCGAGUUCGAACAAUAGUCUGUGCACCAAUAGGUCCCAUGUAGUUGGGUGGACGAGACGGCCGAGUGUCGUUUCGAUUUUUGGCACAACAUGCAUCAUAUACGCUGAAUGGAGGAGGCGGGGAUCAUGUCUUCCGGAUAUAAAUAGGUGGUGGUGGCGGCGAGGGGGGGGGGGGGUCAUGUCCAAUGGACCUCCAGGAUCCGCAAGUGUAGCAUUGUCUUCACAUGUAAUGGUUUAUGCAGUAACUUGCUAAGACGUUUAUAUGUUUUAGAGGAUAUGUAUAAUUGUGUCAUGAAAAUGACCGUGUCAUGACUGUGUAUUAAGUAAUUGAAUACUUUUUAUAGCCACUCUCGGCAAUUGAUUGUACACAAUAAUUUAUAGAAAAUAUAUUCAAGUGAUCGAAACCUUUUACCUUUUAGUUACAUUUAAGUUGUA